AUGUUGAAGUUGGGCAUUGAGUUAGAUACUGUAACACUCUCCACUUUGAUCAAUGGACUUUACAUUGGUCGUAAAAUAGCUAAAGCUGUAAGGUUGUUUGAUGACAUGGUUCAAGAAGGUGCAUACAACACUGUCAUUAACAGCCUUUGCAAGGACAAACAUUUAACUGAAGCUUUGAAACUUUUCUCAGAAAUGAAAGGUGAAAUGGAUGCAACCAGAAAAUUAUUCAAUUCAAUAACUAACAAGGGUUAUGUACCUGAUGAAUUUACUUACAACAUCAUUAUCAAUGGAUAUUGUAAAGCUAAAAGGAUUGAUGAGGCAAUGGAACUCUUUCAUGAAAUGACUCGAAAUAGAUUAACCCCUGAUGUUGUUACUUACAGCACUCUUAUAAGUGGCAUGUCACAGGUUGGGAGACUUGCAGUUGCAUAA